UGAAUUUCUUCCAAAUUAGCCAGUGGAAAUGUACGAGUUGAAAACUUUGUUGCCCCAAUUCGAUAUCAAACUGCCCACCUGUAUGUACGACUUAAAGAAUGUCAGCCUCGCCGCCGGCGGUGCAACAGCAGGAGACACCGCACACAUUCAAUACAAUAAUGGCGUUACGGAGAGUGCGAGCAACCCAAAAAAGUCAGUAACUUGUGCACUUGAUUUGGACAUUUUAGGCCGACAAAUACAACAAUUGCUAAAGCAGGAGGAUACAGCCGCUGUGGUGAAGCGCCAGGACAAGGUGCUGCAGCAGCUGGAAGAGCUGAAGGCGCAAUUGGGCAAAAUACGCGCCAGCUUAGGAGUGCGAGUAUGUGGAAAGACCAUCCAGCAUACGACAGCCUACCAAAAUGGAGGACUUAAAGAGGUGCCACUGCAAGAUGUUGUCGUCAAUGGUCAUCCCAACUUUAUACCCUAUGCGCUGUUGGCUUUGAAGAAUGCUUGGCGUGAUUUGUACACCAUCGAUGUGAAGACGUUCACACACUCGACAAUGGCAGAUAUUGGGCCAGCUGCCCGUGAAUUCGAGGCCAAUCUGGCCAAGGUGCCGGUUAACACGGCAUUGCCCAAGAUUAACGUAACGCUGAUCUGGAAGAACUGUGAACACACGGAAAUGAUCAGUUCACCUACUAUGUAUGUGCCCAUCUACGGCGAAGUGAAUAUCAUCAGGUAUUUGGGUCGUAUUGGACCCACCGAGUAUCGUUAUGAGAACUCACCACUCUGCAAUGAGAUCGACGCCGUGCUCGACAUUUGCUAUCAACUGCUGCGUUGCACCACACACAAAAGCCAAGUGGCAAUGGUGCGAUUGCUGGACAAGCGACUGCAGCAACAGCAGUACUUUGGUGGCCAACAAAUGUCUGUGGCCGACAUCGGCGUCUACAGCUCCCUCAUUCGCAUGCCUGCCAUCACUGACAAGGAUCUGACACCGGCGCUACUGGCAUGGCGUAAGCGGGCCAAGCUCGUUACCCAGAUCUAAGGACUUUACUCUACUCAAUGCGAAUGAAAAUAAAGUGUUAGCUAAAAAUUAAAUAUA